AUGGCUGUCUUGACACUGGCCAGUAGACAGUACGAGCAGCAGCUCAGCAAUGUGGCCAACACUCCACGGAAUUUUGAAAAUAUUUUGAGUUUGGCAUCUCCAUACUGGGUGGAGAGUGAGGUGGAGAGUGAGGUGGAGAGUGAGGUGGAGAGUGAGGUGGAGAGUGAGGCGGAGAGUGAGGUGGAGAGUGAGGUGGAGAGUGAGGUGGAGAGUGAGGUGGAGGCUGAGGUGGAGGCUAAGGUGGAGGCUGAGGUGGAGGCUGAGGUGGAGGCUGAGGUGGAGGCUGAAGUGGAGGCUGAGGUGGAGGCUGAGGUGGAGGCUGAGGUGGAGGCUGAGGUGGAGGCUGAGGUGGAGGCAGAGGUGAAGGCUGAGAUGGAGGCAUAG